CUCAGCAACGGCGGCGCCUCCACCCGCCAUGGCGGCGCGGCCCCCGCCCCGUCCCCAGCCCCCUUACCGCUCUCACACCCAGAGACGCCGGGAUUUCACCGGCUGCGGGCCGCACGAUGUGGCGCUGCUAGCCAAGCCCCCCAAGAGAGACAUCGUCGAAGAGACGAUUUUGGCUGAGAGGGCGCUGGAGGAGAAGCAGCGUGAGCAAGAACGCGUCCUGCGGGUGUUCCGCCACUACCGCAACGUCUGCGACUGGCACAAGAGCGGCGAGGACAAAUGGAUGCACCGCGCUGCCGAGAGGAAGGUCCAGGCAACGCUGCAGCAGUACCUGCAGGAGAUCGAAGCGAGGAGAGAGAGACUCCGUGACUUUCUGGAGGCAGAGGAGAGUAGGCACCUUGCUGAGGUGAACGCACUUGAUGAAGAAAAGGCACAGCACAGAGAAGUAAAGAUGAAGGAACAAGCAAAAUUACUGAGGGAGAAGAGGGAGCAAGAAAGACUACAAGUGGUGGCUGAAAAGCGAGAGCAACAGUUCAGAAACCGAUGUCAUGAGUAUCGCGAACACUGUAAAAAACAGAGCGAGAAGGAACUGGGUGACUGCCAGCUGGCCCAGCAGACUCUGAAGGAGAUACUGAAAAAGGAAGAGAAGAUGCAGGAGCGGAAGUUGGAAGAGAUUUGUGAGAAGGAACUGUUGGCUAAGGACCAGGAAGCGGAGCUGAAGGCGCAGGAGGUGGCAGCGCGGAUCCAGGAAAUGGUGGACGUGCGUGAAGCCCAGGUGGCCGUGCACGCCGCUCGCAGAGAGGAGAAGAAGCAGGAGAUCAGACAGGACGCUGAAAAGCUGCAAGAAGAGCUGCACCAGCUUAGGAAAGAAAAUGAAGACCUUGAGAGGAAGAAGCGACAUCAGCAGAAGGAAUGCAGGGAGAUAUGGCUCAAAGCAGUGCAGGACAGGCAGAAGCAUCUUGAUGCAGAAAAACAAAUUCAACUUGCUGAAGAGAAGGUGAUCCUGGAAAAUGAUUUUCAGGACCCCGAAAAGGAAUAUGCGAAGAUAAGAAAUAAAAAACAAACGCUGUUGAAGGAGCAACUUACUUACCUGGAUCAUCUGACUGAACAGCUGAGGAGGGAGAAGGAGAAAGAAAGGGAAGACGAGAAGCUCUUCAAGGAAGAGAGGGAUCAGGUUUGGGCUGAGAGGGUUGAGAAACUGAAACAAGAGAGGAAGGCGCGAUUUCAGCUGCUGAGAGAUGUCGUGAACAUAAGGCAGUCGCAGAUGCAGGAGAAGUUGCAGAAAGAAGAAGAGAGGAAAAUAGAGAUUGCUGAAGAGAAGAAGGCAAUGGCUGAAGCAGUCAGACAAUUUGAAUAUGAAGAAGAAGAAAGACGUACAAGAAAAAUACAGAAGGCCAAAGAAUACAGAGACCAGCUCACAUCUCAAAUUGCCUAUCAACAGUGGCUCAAAAAAGCUGAGGAAGAGAAGAGGAAGAAAGAACACGAAUCAAAUAUGGAAGCAGAGAGAGAGUACCAAGAAAAGGUACAGCUCAUUCUGUCAAUGCCUCACAAGCUGGAAGUAAAGCCCCCCACUGCAAAAAAAGCACUAAUGCCUGACUCUUAAGGGCAUCAGUCACUAUGGUAUUUUAGCUCACUCAAUUGUCUUUAAAGACAUUUUCGUAGAGUGCUUACACCUGACUUGAGUUGGAAGAACUUUUUCCACUGUGUUACUCCAAACAUUUAAUUGGAAAUUACAAGAAACAGUAUUUUAAAAUUUAUUUUUCCCCAUGGAUUUUUUUUUGACAAAUCUGAUCCAAUCCAAAGUGCUUGACAUUUUAAUUUGAGAAUACUGUCUGCCCUCUACAAUAUAAUAGUGUAUUAUUAUGACAUGAAUAAUACACAGGUAUUCUUUUUAAUCUGCACAAAGAAAAAUUGUAGAAAACUUUCAGUAAACCUUUAUUAAAAUGCCUUUCAAACUGAAAACAUUUGCAAAAU